AUGAUGAGUACUUCAAAGGCAUUAUCGUUUCAAAUACAGUCGGAAUGUUCGACUACACGAGCUCGUGUAGGACUUAUGAAACUACCACACUACACAGUUAAUACUCCAGUAUUUAUGCCGGUAGGAACACAGGGAACCAUGAAAGGACUCUUACCUGAUCAGCUUGAAAAUUUAAAUUGUGAAAUCAUACUAGGAAAUACCUACCAUUUAGGAAACAGACCAGGGGUUAAUGUGUUAAAAAAAGCCGGUGGGCUUCAUAAAUUUAUGAAUUGGAAUAGAGCUCUUCUCACUGAUUCUGGAGGAUUUCAAAUGGUUUCAUUACUGAAAUUAGCAGAGAUUACUGAAGAAGGUGUAAAAUUCAAAUCACCAUAUGACAAUUCAGAAAUUAUGUUGACACCUGAAAAAUCUAUUGAAAUUCAAAAUUAUAUAGGAGCUGACAUCAUAAUGCAGCUUGAUGAUGUUGUACAAACAACUUAUCAAGAUUAUGAUCGGAUCAAAGAAGCCACAGAAAGAACCAGCAGGUGGUUAGACCGGUGUAUAAAAGCUCAUAAAAGACCAGAUGAUCAAAACAUAUUUCCCAUAGUACAAGGUUUACUAAACCCUGAAUUGAGAAAACAAAGCGCUCUAGAGCAUAUGACUAAAGAUGUUAAUGGAUUUGCAAUAGGAGGGCUUAGUGGAGGUGAAGCAAAAGAUGAUUUCUGGCCAAUGGUCAGUCUUGGAACAGAAAUAUUAGACAAAAAGAGGCCACGAUAUUUAAUGGGUGUUGGUCUAGCAAUCGACCUAGUAGUUUGUGUUGCAUUAGGUGUUGAUAUGUUUGAUUGUGUAUUUCCAACUCGUACAGCUAGAUUUGGAUGUGCACUUGUUAAUAAAGGACAAUUAAAUUUAAAACAAAAGCAAUACCAAACUGAUCUUAAUCCCAUUGAUAAAGAUUGUGAAUGUGCUACAUGUAAAAACUACACCAGAGCAUAUUUGCACUGCAUUGUAUCAGUUGAAACUGUAGCUUGCCAUUUAAUCUCUGUGCAUAAUAUUGCUUUCCAGAUGCGUCUGAUGAGAACAAUGAGAGAAAACAUUACCAAUGGGACCUUUCCAAAAUUUGUCAAAGGUUUUGUUGAUGAAGUAUACCCUGAUAAAAAUUAUCCCUCUUGGGUUGUAAACUCUCUUCAAUCUGUGGGAAUAAAUAUAAUUGAAGCAUAUUUUUUAUUUUUCUUUAACUAAAUACCAUUUUAAAAUUUUUGUGAAAUAA